GAGCCGCACACUUUUUGUGCUUACGCUUGAGUCGAGACUUGUAGGCUGUGCUUUCUCAACAAAUUCCGUAUUCGAAGAAAAUCACGAAGAUAUUAAUCAAGAAUUGAGUUCAUCAUGCCUGGACGUCCGUUGUGGCAGGUUGCUGGUAAAAGAGAAGCUAGCCAAGAAGCUGAAGCUCAACAAUGGAUUGAAACGAUUGUAGGAGAAAGAUUUCCACCAGAAGUCAGUUACGAGGACGCUUUAAGAGACGGUGUAUUAUUAUGCAAGCUUAUGAACAAAUUGCAGCCUGGUCUCAUUACGAAGAUCAACACAUCCGGUGGAGAUUACAAAAUGAUGGACAAUCUUAAUCAAUUUCAGAAAGCCUGCACGAAAUAUGGCGUUCCUGACGUGGAUCUCUUCCAAGCAGUCGAUCUUAUGGAACGGAAGAAUAUUGCUCAAGUUACAAAUACUAUCUUCGCUAUUGGACGCACUAGUUAUAAGCAUCCCGAAUGGCGUGGACCUUGGCUAGGACCGAAGCCAGCAGAAGAGAACAAACGGUCAUUUACGGAAGAACAAUUAAGAGCCGGUGAGACGCUUAUUGGUUUACAGGCAGGUACCAAUAAAGGUGCAACUCAAGCUGGUCAAAACUUCGGUGCUACGAGAAAAAUUCUUCUUGGAAAAUAACUUGCCGUUUUUAACGUCUGUCAAUUUUCAACGUAUGAUCAAUGAAAAAAGUAGCGAUAUUAAGAUAGUUUCUAUUUAAAUGCAAGUCGAAGAAAAUGUUAUGAUCAAAAAUAAAUGUAUUUCAUAACCUUAAAA